AUGGCCACAGCCAAGAAUCUCUCAGAGGAAAUGGAGCGGCUGUCGCCGCCUUACGACUUCGAGCUGCUGCAGGACUUGAGGCCCCUUUUGGAGGAGUACUGGUCAGUCUCAUACCUGCUAGUUGUGAUCUACCUGCUGCUCAUUGUUGUGGGGCAGAACUACAUGAAGGGACGGAAAGGCUUCAACCUGCAGAAGCCACUCAUCCUUUGGUCUUUCAGCCUUGCAAUUUUCAGUAUCCUGGGGACAGUGAGGAUAUGGGGCUUUAUGGGGAUCCUGCUACAUAAGGAGGGCCUAAAGCAAACUGUGUGCUUCUCCAUCUUCAUCCAGAAUUCCAUAGUCAAAUUCUGGUCCACCCUCUUUCUUCUCAGCAAGAUCAUUGAACUUGGAGACACAGCUUUCAUCAUCCUCCGUAAGCGGCCACUCAUCUUUGUGCACUGGUACCACCACAGCACAGUGCUAGUGUACACCAGCUUUGCAUUCAAGAACAAGGUGCCUGCUGGUGGCUGGUUCAUGACCAUGAACUUGGGUGUACAUGCUAUCAUGUAUACCUACUAUACUCUUAGGGCCGCCAAGGUGAAGUGUCCCCGGCAAUUCUCCAUGUUUGUCACCAGCCUGCAGGUUCUGCAGAUGUUAGUAGGAGUCAUUACCAGCGUCCUGACUUACCUCUGGAGACACAAACAGGGAUGUCAUAUUACAGAGGAAGAACUCUUCUGGUCCUUUAUCUUGUAUGCAACCUAUUUCAUCCUCUUUGCUCACUUCUUCCUCCAAACAUACAUCAAACCCAAGGACAGAGCCAAGAUCAAGAGUCACUGAAGUGUUGAAAGAAAAGGAGCCCGGGCCUCUUUCCUCCCCAGGGCUGAGAGGGGCUGAGCCUAGAGUUGGGAGAAUGAUUAGAGUGCCUCCCUGCGCGGCUUCCCCAUGGAUGUGUGCCUCAGAGGCAGGAAAUUAUGACAGAGAAGAAGCAACAUCUCUGGGAUGGGCAUGUGAUCUAGUAUUUUGAU